AACUCUUUCUCGACCUCCUUGGACUUUGUUAUUCGAGAUUCUCCGUGCAACAUCGAUGUCAUGCGCAUGCGGCAUCAUGCCCAACGACAACACAUUAUCCAUAGUAUUGACCGCCUGCUCUACCAACUGCACACCCUGUCCUUCUUCUACUCGCCGUCGAUAUGGGCGUACCUCGGGCGGUGUAUCACCCAGUUCAACUUCGCGCGUCCACGAGAGAUCGAUUCGAAACGGUCGUUGCGGUUUUGGUAUGCGUUGGUCUUGCUGGUCAACAUCAGCUGCAUCAGCCAUGCCAUUCAGGGCGCCUCAGAGGGCAGCAUCAUGCUGGACUUUGUUGGGAUCGGCCACAAACCCAGCAAGCCCCAGCUGCUCUUCCUUGACCUCCUCAUCAUGUUCUUGCAAACCGUGCUUGUCACUGUCGCGUAUGAGACUUCAUUUGCCAACGACUUUCCCGGUCUCCCCGACGCACUCGCACCUGCCGUGCUAUCCACCAUGGAGACCCCGGCAACCCCGCAGCCGUCGUCGUCGCACGCAGAGGAAUCACACCACCUUCUCGAUCAAGACGACAGAAACAAGUCGCUUGAUUUCACUUAUGACGCGCCAGUCUCGCCAUAUGUUGUUGACCUCCGCCUCAAGACGAUAUGGACUCGGCUGAUACAUCCUCCUUCAGCCAAUUCGGUUGACACACGACAAGCUCUACCUUUCCCGAACACAGCACCGACUUUCGACCCCUCCCGACCGAUUGGCUGGUUUUUACGGGCUCGUGCUAGGCGGGAGGAGAUGCGAGCGCGACUGGAGACCCGCGGCGGAGAGUUCAGGAGAUCCAGGCGCAGCCCAUCCGACGGUAUUCCCUCUGAUGCAGACCAACGGACGUUGCCCGGCGCGAUCGAUCAAUGA